CUUGGAGAAGUCAAUAAUGGUCCGAGCAAUUCACACAUAUUUAUUUCUGCAUUUUAGAAGCUUCAAGCCAGGGAGUGAAAUCCGGACAGGUUGUUAUAGCUACGCAAUCCGCGGGGGUUCCGAUGUCUAUUUAAAAGCCCCUCGGACCCUCCCCUCGCUCCCUCCUUUAAACUACAUUAUAUAUCACACGCACUGCAAUUCUCAAUGAGCUCCGGAAAAAAAAGCUAGACAUCUUCAAAUUGGCUCCUUGAGCGAGUGAGGGAACGGCAUCAUCACAGAUCACCCUUUGGCAAUUUCUCGUUUGGGUCCUUAGAAAAAAGUUGCCUACUUUUUUUUUUUUUUUUUUUUUAAUAUAUGACUGUAAGCUUCUGCAACGGCGCGAUCGCCACACGCGAGUUGAUUGGCGCAAAGCGAUAAAGAUCCCAUCAUCGCCACUGUUUGUUUGUUUUGGGGUUUUCUUUUAGGGAGGGGGGGGGGGGCUCUUCGGUUCCGAUCCUUGUGUGCGUCAGGCGGGCGCGCAACACCAGGCUUCAUGCUGGAGAGGUUUGGACGAACUUUUUUAAGGAUGAUAUGCGUUGGAUGUUUCCUCCUGCUGCUCUGCGGGCUGACGCGUGUCAUGGCAAGUUAUCCCAUCUGGUGGUCCCUCGCGGUGGGCCACCAGUACUCGUCAUUGGGCACGCAACCCAUCCUGUGCAGCAGCAUUCCAGGGCUGGUGCCCAAGCAGUUGCGCUUCUGCCGCAACUACUUGGAAAUCAUGCCCAGCGUGGCAGAAGGGGUGAAGAUCGGCAUCCAGGAGUGCCAACACCAGUUCAGAGGCCGGCGCUGGAACUGCACCACCGUCAAUGAUAAUCUGGCUAUCUUUGGGCCAGUUUUGGAUAAAGCCACUCGAGAAUCAGCAUUUGUCCACGCCAUCGCCUCGGCCGGGGUGGCCUUCGCCGUCACCCGGGCUUGCGCCGACGGCUCCGCCACUAUCUGCGGCUGCGACACGCGUCACAAGGGUCCCCCCGGCGAGGGCUGGAAGUGGGGCGGUUGCAGCGAAGAUGUGGAUUUUGGCGGCAUGGUGUCCAGAGAGUUUGCAGAUGCCAGGGAGAACCGCCCCGACGCCCGCUCGGCCAUGAAUCGGCAUAACAACGAAGCCGGACGGACGUCUCUCUAUGACAAAAUCUUCCUGAAGUGUAAGUGCCACGGGCUGUCGGGCAGUUGCGAGGUGAAGACGUGCUGGUGGUCUCAGCCGGACUUCCGGGUCAUCGGCGACUACAUGAAGGACAAGUACGACAGCGCCUCGGAGAUGGUGGUGGAGAAACACAAGGAGUCGCGUGGCUGGGUGGAGACCCUGAGACCCAAGUACAACUACUUCAAGCCGCCCACCGAGCGGGACCUGGUCUACUACGAGGGCUCGCCCAACUUCUGCGACCCCAACCCCGAGACGGGCUCGUUCGGCACCCGCGACCGGGUCUGCAACCUGACGUCGCACGGCAUCGACGGCUGCGACCUGCUCUGCUGCGGCCGCGGCCACAACACGCGGACGGAGAGGCGCAAAGAGAAGUGCCACUGCAUUUUCCACUGGUGCUGUUACGUCAGCUGCCAGGAGUGCGUCAGGGUCUAUGAUGUCCACACCUGCAAAUAACACACGCUUCUCCAUCUUGUAGCUUCAGACUUUGGACCGGACUUGACCGUCCAUUGAGUCCGGCGGACGGGACUUUGCUUUCCGUUCAUGGAGGACAUUAUGAGGCGAAGCAGCAAUGACUCAGAGAGGACUGUCAAACACCAUAUUGGUGUUUUUAUUUUGGUUUCUUUUUUCUUCCGCGUAGUUUAGCCUGGUGCUCCCUUCUGCUGUCCUUUCUCAAGGUUUCGACCCAGAUGGGGUUUGGAGUUUUUCCUUGCCCUCUUGGGGGGGUGUCAUUAAUAUUUGUCAUCUGAGGGCAUGUGAAGCCCUUUGAGACAUUUCUGUGAUUAAGGGCAAUAGAAAUAAAUUGGACUUGACUUGAAUUCUGGACUGUUCAAUUCAAUUUAUUUGUACGGAACCUUAUCAUAGAAAAUGAAACUCAAAGUGCUUUAAAAAAUGAAUAAAAGCGGACAGCAAACCUUAACCCAAAUAUUCCUGUCGUCUAAUGCUGCUAAGUUUGUUAAUGUCUGUUUUGUGGUUCUUACAUUCAAUAUGUAUUUGUAGAAAUGUUUCGUUUUGGAUUCUUUCUGUGAAAGAAAUGUGUUUUAGUUUGGAAAAUGUGAAGUUUGGACUCAUUUCUGCAUAGAGUAAUUGGCAUUUUAAGCAAAAUAGAUUUGUUUUAGUUGUUUCGUAGGCUGUUUGGAGCAAACAUAAUUUGGCUUGUUGCUCCACUUUUAAUUUAAGAUGACUCACAGUUGCUCUUCUUUUUUUCUUUUUUUUUUU